ACGAGAUGACCCGUAUGUUGUUGUCGUUGCCACCCGCGGGGUCGCUCGUGCGGUCCGGCUCGCAGAAGGGGUGCGAUUCGAACGGCGGGUCGAUGUCCACGAAGCGGAUCUUGUCGGUGUUGAGGGGCAGGAUCUUCUGCUGGAUCUUCUGGUUGACGGCGAUGACCAGCCCGUUCAUCUUGGAGCGGACGCCCGUGUGGAGCAGGUUGCCGUAUACCGGUACUGCGGUGCCGCGGAUGGGAUGCGGGUCUUGGAGCAAGUGUCGCCGUCGGCGGGGUGCCGAAGAAUCGCGCGUAGCCGGUGAUGACGAGGGUGGACCACGAGUAGCCGAGCUGGUCCUUGAUCGCGACUUUGUCGAGGACGUUGUUGACUUUCUCGGUGUACUUCGCCCAUACGCCAUCGCCGUUGAUCAGGUUGGAGGAGCGCUGGAGGGCGGUUUGGCCCUCGGCGUCUUUGGUCUUGUCGAGGAAGGCGAUGUUGUAGAUGCACUUCUCGACGACGCCGCCGAAGUUGAAGUCGUUGCCGCUGAUGGAGAGGGUGAUGGCUUGCGCUUUUGCUUUUUCGAGGUCUUGGAUCUGGUUGUCGAUGUCUUCGAGGACGUUGCCGGAGCAGGCUUCGAACUGGAAGUUCUUGACUUCGACUUGGGUGAGUAGGGACUUGACCUGAGAGGAAUAGGAGCCGUCGACGCGUUUGCACUGUUUGACUUGGGUGUUGGAGGCGUUUGUGUAGUGGCCGGCUCCGAUGCCUGCGGCGAAAGAGUCACCGAGCGCAAUGUAGGAAAUCGGCCAGAUGACGUUGACGUCUGUCUGGUUUACGCCCCCAUCGUCUUGUCGGGCAAAUAAGGGGACGGCUAAAGUAGAAGCAAUGAAAGGGAGGACGAGAGAGGCCUUGCUGAGAAUCGCGAUCUUGAGAGGUCACAAGAGGCGACAGGGAUUAGUUCCAAUGAACGUAACAAGUGGUAAAAGAAACAAGAACGGCAACGAAACCGAAAGAUAGUGUACAAUUAGGUCGCUGGAUGAAAAAGAAUCCGAGGAACACCU